CGCAGCUCGUUGCUAUACAAGCCAGAGGCUUCCAGUUUUGGUGAGUGUGCUGUCCAGACACAUCCCGUGUUAUUAAAAAUAAAUAAACGGAAAGAAAAUGACAGCUGGUUCAGUUGCUGUGCCUACAAUUAUUCCCCUGAGGUUCCCAAGCUCAGGACUGCACAAGACAUCCAUUGACUCAAACACCAAAAUUGAACUUCGCUCAGAGACAAAAGAUGCAAGCAUUUUUUACACCAUUAAUGGCACCAAGCCAGAACCAUUUCAGCGCUUUGGUGACAGAUGCACCAUGGAGUACAGAGGACCAUUCACACUUCCUGCUGGCAAACAAACAGUCAAAGCUGUUGCAUUAAUCACUGAAGGCAACAGGCAAAGUGCUGUGGUGACAACAUUUGAAGUGGAGUUUGCUCCCCCACCAGAAGUCCUACCUGUUGAUGAUGACAUGGAAUUUCAGAAUGACCUUAAGCGUGAAAGGUCCAGGAUGCAGCUUGCACGGGCAAAAUCUGACUUACUACGGUCUUCUGCUUCAGCAUGGACAGAUGUUUCAGCCACCAACAGGUUAAACCAAACUUUGGCAGAUACCACUGUAACGGGCAGUAUGCGGAGAAAAUCUCCUGUUUCUGCUCGCUUUACUGAAAGCCGACAUCAUCCUAGUAUCAGCAGAUCAAGUGAAUUACAACUUACAAAUGGACCUGUUAACUAUGACAUAGGCAAUCUGAUGAGCGAAUGUUGCCAGAUGAAUAUACAACUGAUGCCAUACAGGCCCUCCAGAACAUGGCCAUCCAAAAAUAGGCGUGACUUUCUCAACUUUACCACCACUGCAGCUGGUCAAUACCCAAGCACGAAUCAGUGGAUCCCACCUGCAUAUCCGCCUACAAGUUUCCGUGCACCCCUCAAUACCUUCAUGCCUCACAGCACAGAUAUCAGUAUGUUGAUGCCGUCUGAAUCUUCAAAACGAACUGAAACAAAAAGUGUAGCUGUGCAGACAGCCGGUCUGUUUUAUCCAUCCCAGCGUAAGAUUGAUCAGAUUCAAAAAGAAGUGGAAGAUAAGAUGACUUUUGAGAAACAGAUGAGGGAUCGGCGACCUGUUACUUCUGCUGUGAGCCCAGGCAGAGGGUACUGGAGAAAGCAAGUUGACCACAUUUGUCUGCAUCUGAAGGCACAUGCUCAGAAUGAUGCCGAAUUCCGAGCACUUAUUGCUGAUCCAAAAAUGGGUCGUCUCAUCACGAGUUCGGUGCAAGAGGAUGGCUUUGAACUCAGUCUGACUCUGACCUUUGCAAUACGUGAAAGCAAAGAUCCAUUUGUGGGUCGGCAGCUAGGCAUUUCUACAAGCAAUGGCUACCUCAGCCAGCGCACUGACCAUGACAGUUCUUCAGAAGAAGAAAUUAUGAGUGAAGAUAAUAUCACAUCCAGAUCAACAACUUCUACUGGGAAAAAAAAAUCAGCAAAGAGAUCUAAGGCAAAAAAGAAGAUAUCUCCACAAAUUUCUCCACAAAAUGUAAAACUGCUGAGACACCUCGGAGAGGGUGGAGAAGAUUCAGGUACAACAAUUCAGCAGCUAAUUGAUGAAGGAGCUGAUCCUAACUGUAUCAACAAGAGUGGUCUUCCUGCUCUUCAUGUGGCAGCCAAAAACAAGCGUAUUGAGUGCAUACCCGUCCUAAUCCAAGCUGGUGCAGAGGUCAAUGCAAAGGGACCUUCUUCUAUUAAAGGUAAUUCAGCCCUUCAUGAAGCAGUUACACUUGGUCCUGAUGGUAUAAAGACCGUGGAAACAUUGCUGAACUGUGGAGCUGACCAAAAUGUUAAAAAUGACCGUGGAGAAACAGCAUUUGAUAUGGCAACUAAAGCUGGUUAUGAAAAUAUCAUCAAGUGUUUCACCACAGCACUUGGACAGUCAAAACUUCAAAAGAUGGUUCGACCCCGCAGUUCAGCAGAGUAAAUCUGAUCGAUUGGUGUGUACCCAGCAAACUUGUUUCUCAGCCAACAUUGAAAUUAGCCAAUGUCACUUUUGGAGUCAAGCAGUCCAUUCGCAUAUUACAGAAACAUGACACACAUUCACAUAUUGGUCCAACAAUGGGCGCUAGUACAAAAAACUUGGCUAUCUGUGUAAAUUCAGGUGGUGAUUGCAUGCUAUAUUUGUCUUACACUAGCUGAAUAUAAGAAAAAGCUUAGUCCAAUCUGCGAAAGGGAUUGCAGUCUACACUGUUUUCAGAUAUUGACUUUGAAACGAUGGAGUGUGGGAUAGUGUAUUAAUCCUUAUAUCGUUAUCAUCCACCAAACAGGUGUGGUUUUCCAAUUACACAGGGUCAAGUGAAGAGAUAGGACAAGAAAUUUUUAUAAGUAUUGUUUAUACAGAUAGUUGUCAUAAACAAAUUACUAAUGAAAUAAAAUGAUUAAAAAUGCUUUGAUGAAAAGUGCACUUAAAACAAAUGCUUUUUACUUGUUUAGCAAGAUUCUCUAGAAGCUUUUGGUAACUGAGAGAACUGUACAGUAAUCAAAAUGAAAUGAAUGCCUUGUGUGACAAAGCUGUUUAGCCUAUGGGUCUUCGGUGUUUCAUCACAAGAUUAAACAAUUUUUAAUUCUGCUGGCAAGUCAACUUUUAACUUUGUCCUUGUAUUGGUGAUGGAACAAGAAAAAAAAAAAUCCUUCACUAAAACUAUAUUUAACACAUUAGCACAAAAUUAUUUGCACAGUCGUAGGUAAAACUGUAGUAUGUAGCAGUUGCAAUGCACAACUUUGAAACUAAGAUCAUCUUGAUCAGUGUCUCAGUUAUUCUGUUGCUUUCAAUAUUGGUAGGUCAUGCUUGUUUAUGAAACUCACCUCAUUUUUGUAAUGUCCAUCUGUGUUGUCCCUACUAAACCUACAAAAUAAAGUUUAGCACAGUAAUUUAUUAGUUUAUUGGCUGUGAGAUAAAAUUUAAUGAGACCAUUCACAAAAUGGUUUUAACAUAUUUAUCAGUAACAUGCUAGUAAAGACUUUUCUAUUUCAUAUGCUUUGUUAUUCUUUUCAUUUGUAACACAUGCUAAAGGAUUUUAUUAACAAAUAUAAUUUUUAGUGAUAAACUUAGAGGGAACAUGGCAUUAUCAUGACAAAUUGUCAACAUUUGUGUAAUACAGGAAUUGUCUUAAUCGCCUUUUUUUAAUGUUCAUUUUAUGAUUUAUCUUUUGUCAUGAAAAAGAUUAAACGAACAAAAAAUUU